UUGGCAUUUCUCUCUUGACGGUAUCUAACUUUUCGAUAAGAAACAUCGCGCACGUCCAGUGGAGGUAAUUUCCAGUCAUGUAACGUCAGGACCGACUUGAUGAAGGCGUAAAAUUCCCGUUGCAUCACCGACCAGUCCCUUUUCCGAGAAGGAUGUUCGGUUCGGGAGGCAGAAAGAGUGAUGACAGUGUUUUUACCGCAGCUGGGGAGAAAGCCGGGCUCGGACCCAGAGCCUCUUUGGAGAAGCGUACAUGUAAUGUGAGCACUGACGCAAACCCGGGCUCGGAUAAUGGACUGCUCAAGGAACUGGAACGGUGCGUCUUGUGUGAGUGAGCGUGCAGGCUGCUGCGUGCGUAGGAAAUACGUCUGUGCCGUGCUCACCAUUCAUGCAGUGUGAUUAUUCCUGCGAACACCUUUGCUCUCUGCACCCUCCCUGUCUGCCUGUGUCGCCGCUCCAUCACCGCCGCCACCCCCCCCCCUCCUCCUCUGCGUGCCACAUGUGCACGCGCGCGGCGCCCACGCACCGUGUCUAAUUGCCUGAGCGCCUUCUGAAGACACCAUUAAUAUUUAACACCUCUCUCUCGCACCCCCUCGUCUUCCCCGUCACUCCAGUCAAUAUGGCCACUCUACAGCAUCACCGGCAGCUUCUCAUGCACGGCACGGAAGUGAGCUGCGACUCCAGCGGGGACGGCACCGUGACCGUGCGGAUUACCAACAGUGCGCCACACGUGCAUCAACAUGAGCCCCAGAGGGCUGCCAACAGUGGAGCUGGAGGAGGAGGAGGAGGAGGAAGCUGUGGGGCUGUGAAUAAAGUGAACCCUAACCUCCACAAAUACAGCAUCUCCUCCAGCUGCAGCUCGGCUGACUCCAGACCAGCUGUGACCUCCUCCUCCAGGGCGCACAGGAAGGCACCGCCGCUGUUCGAGCGCUCCGCCGCGCAGUGCUGGGACCCCAAGUUCGACUCCUCCAUCCUGGAGGAGGCGUGCCAGGAGCGGUGCUUCCCUCAGACGCAGCGGCGGUUCCGUUACGUGCUCUUCUACCUGGCGGUGGCGGCCGCGCUCUGGGGGAUUUACUUUGGGGUCAACAGCGACCGCUGCAGCCCGCUGACCUUCAUCGCCCCCACGGCUGCGUUUUUGGUCUUGUUAGGGUUACUCUUCUUCUUCACCUUCACUCAGCCGUACACUUGGCUGUACAACCAAACCUCUCUGUUCCUGAUUGCAGUCACCUUCGCCAUCACGUUGGCCCCACAGAUACAAACCGCCGGCUACGCCGAGCUGGAGUGGACCGGUGGCGGGAACGCUUCGUAUCUCUCACUGGACAAAGUGGCACCACCCCCGGUCCCUUGCAUCUCCCCCGUUGGCACGUUUUCCCUGUGCAUGGAGGUUCUCCUGCUGCUGUACAGCGUGCUUCACGUCCGCCUGUACGCCUCUGUGAUGCUGGGAUUCCUAUAUUCCAUAUUAUUCGAGGCGCUGGGAUGGCUACCGCUGCUCCAAAAGAGUUCUGACACCACUGGACCGGCGUCGGGGGUGGUGGGCGUAGGUUCGGACUGGGACGGGGACACGCUCCGCUGGCUGGGUCCGUCCAAAGCUCUGCUCCACCUGUGUGCCCACGUCAUCGGCAUCCACCUGUUCAUCAUGUCGGAGGUGCGCUCGCGCAGCACUUUCCUCAAAGUGGGCCAGGCCAUCAUGCACGGGAAAGACUUGGAGGUGGAGAAGGCUUUGAAAGAGCGCAUGAUCCACUCGGUCAUGCCGCGGCGCGUCGCGGACGAGCUGAUGAAGCAAGGCGACGACGAGGGCGUUGGGGAAAACUCUGGAAAGCGAUAUUCCUCGGGCGCCUGCUCCGCCUCGGCUAUUUCAGUCGGAGGAGGAAGUGGCGGGGCUUUGCAAUCCCAAAGUGUCACGGGCCCCAAGAAUAACCCGCACAACAAUCACAAGCGCAAAAAGACCUCAAUCCCCCGCGGUCAGAUCAUAUUCAGGCCGUUCAACAUGAAGCGCAUGGAGCCCGUCAGCAUCCUCUUCGCAGACAUUGUGGGCUUCACCAAAAUGUCGGCCAAUAAGUCUGCGCCGGCCCUGGUGGGCCUUCUCAACGACCUGUUCGGACGCUUCGACCGACUCUGUGAGCUGACCUGCUGCGAGAAGAUCAGCACUCUGGGAGACUGCUACUACUGCGUGGCCGGCUGCCCGGAGCCCCGGCCGGACCACGCCUACUGCUGCGUGGAGAUGGGCCUGGGCAUGAUCCAGGCCAUCGAGCAGUUCUGCCACGAGACGUGCGAGACGGUCAGCAUGCGGGUCGGGGUCCAUACGGGCACCGUCCUCUGCGGGAUUCUGGGAAUCAAGCGCUUCAAGUUCGACGUGUGGUCGAACGACGUCAACCUGGCCAACCUGAUGGAGCAGCUGGGCGUGGCGGGCAAAGUCCACCUGUCGGAAGCCACGGCUCGAUUCCUGGACGAGCGCUACCAGAGGGAGGACGGACGGGUGGCCGAGAGGGCCGGGCAGAGCGUGAUGGAGAAACUGAAGGGGCUGAGGACCUACCUGAUCUCGGGCAGGAAGCUGGACCAUGAUGUGCAGUGCGGCUGUUCUCAGGCGGGGCUGACGGGCGGGGACUUCGGGGGGGUCGGCCUGCCCUCGUGUCCUCAGCCCCGCACUCCGGACCUCAUCCCGGGAGGGGCGCAGGCCACUGACCCCCUGCAGCCCCACCAGCCACCUGACAAGAGCGGGCCCCCCUGUGUGUUUCACAGCGUGGUCCUUUCCCCGGUGGCAGAGCAGGGCGAGGACGUGGCCGUGCUGAACGGCUGCCAGGACGAGCACAAGACCAGCAGUGCCAAGUUCAUCCCAGGCCACAGCCCCCGAGCAGCCAACGGCCUGCUCAGCCCCCCCAUGGAGGACCCCGUGCGGGCCAGCCAGAGUUCGCUGUGCGACAUGCUUCAGGAGAAAGAGAAGAAGACCAGCACGGGCACGGGCACGGGCACGGGCACGGGCACGGGCACGGGCACCAGCCUGGGCAUGGCUGGAGGCACGGGGGCAGCAGGCACAGGCAUGGAUCACUCCGCCCUCAUCCAGCUGCGAGCCAAAAACUUCCGACAGAAGAGCGACGCCCACUUCGUGGAUGUUAUCAGGGAGGACAGUCUCAUGAAGGAUUACUUUUUCAAGCCGCCCAUCAACAAGAUCAGCCUGAACUUUCUAGAAAGACGUCUGGAAAAGGCCUACCGCAGCAGCUACAAGCAGGAGGUGAAGAACCAGGUUCAGGUGCAGACCUUCGCCAGCUCCACCUUCAGCUCCUUCCUCGACGUUCUCCUCAGCUGUUUUGUCUUCCUGGCCCUGACCCUGGCCUGCUUCCUCCCUCCUCUGGUGAGCCCAGCCGUGGAGGGCUCUCCGACGCCCGCCGCCCUGGCUCUGGCUCCUCUGGCUGCUCUGCUGGAGCUGGCCUCCCUGGUGCUCUCCAUACGCAUGGCCUUCUACUUGGAGGAGGUGAUGAACUGCACUCGCUCCCUGCUCCUGGUCAUCUCCGGCUGGGUCUGUCGUCACGUGAUCGGGGCCGUGCUGGUGUCUCUCCCCGCCAUCUCUGUCUUGUCCCACCUCAGCUGCACCGUCCACCUGCCGCUCCAGCUGACCAUAUUCCUGUGCUGUGCCACCAUUCUGGCCAUCAUCCAGUACUGUAACUUCUGUCAGCUGAGUUUCUGGAUGCGCUCGGUCUUGGCCACAGCGACAGGCGUCGCCUUGCUGCUGCUGCUCUACAGUCCUGUGCACAGUUCCAGUAAUAACAGCUUGCCGGUUCAAGGACUGAACACCUCCACCCCUGUUGACGGUGGCUCGGCGCCGACCUCUGACCCUCCCCAGCGCCUUUUUGACCUUUUGAUCCCGGAGGCCAUCUUGGCCUUCUUCCUGCUUCUGCUCCUGGUCUGGUUCCUCAACCGUGAGUUCGAGGUCAGCUACCGUCUUCAUUACCAUGGCAACGUGGAGGCUGACAAGCACCGCUCCAAGAUCCAGACAAUGAGGGACCAGGCCGAGUGGUUACUGGGCAACAUCAUCCCCAUCCACGUCGCUGACCAGCUCAAGGUGACCCAGAGCUACUCCAAGAACCACGACAGCGUGGGGGUGAUCUUCGCCAGUAUUGUCAACUUCAGUGAGUUUUAUGAAGAGAGCUACGAGGGGGGCAAAGAGUGCUACCGCGUUCUGAACGAGCUGAUCGGAGACUUCGACGAACUCCUCCGCAAAGCCGAAUUCAAAAGCGUGGAAAAGAUCAAGACGAUCGGGGCCACGUACAUGGCGGCGUCCGGGCUCAACGUCCGGCAGCUGGCCGAGAACGACGACGAGUCCCCGCACGCGCACCUGAGGGCGCUCUUCAACUUCGCCCUCGAGAUGAUGGGCGUGUUGGACGAUUUCAACAAAAACAUGCUCGGGUUUGGCUUCAAGCUCCGUAUCGGAUUUAACCACGGGCCCCUGACCGCCGGCGUGAUCGGCACCACCAAGCUGCUCUACGACAUCUGGGGAGACACGGUCAACAUCGCCAGCCGGAUGGACUCCACCGGAGUGGAGUGCCGGGUGCAGGUGAGCGAGGAAAGCCACGCCGUGCUCAGCGCGAUGGGAUUAGAGUUUGACUAUAGAGGUACAGUGAAUGUUAAAGGCAAAGGUCAAAUGAGGACCUUUCUCUACCCCAAAAGUGGGGAAAGUACAUGCCAGGAUCGAUCGGACCUCGCUCCUCCCUCGAGAGUUGGAUCCUCGUCUGUGGAAUUACCCGCCAGUAAGACCACAGGAUCCCAGCCAGUGGCUCCUCCUCCUCCUCCUCCUUCUUCUUCUUUCACACGUUCUCCCAUCCCUCCUCAACCCCAGUGUGCAGGAACAGGACCUGAGCUUGCCCCGCCAAAGCCUACAGAAGCAAGAGAGGAAGGAUACAGGGACGCUGUACAUCCCUCUGCCACAAACACUCACAGCUCUCGUCCUCCUGAGCGAGGCCCAGAACCCAGUGCUGCAGAGGCGCCCUCCCAGCCGCCGCCGCCGCCUCCGCCCGCUCCUCUCGCCCUUCAGGAGGAGGAGGACGAAGAGCGGGAGGCUGACGAGCUAACCAAACUCAACGAGGAGUUUUACUCUCGCCUCUGAUCGCUCCUUUUCCCCCGGCUGCCUCUCCAGGACUGACUGUCAGAAAUGGGACGGGACGGCUCUGUCUACAAGUGGUCGUCUUGUGCGUGAAAAAGAGAGUUGGUCACGAGAUGCAGGCAGCGGCCAAAGAGCUGCCGACCCCGGCCACGGGAAAUGGCGCCCGAGUGCCGCGGCGGGUUAGACCUGUGCUGAGCACAGCGGUUUAGAAGGGAAAAAAAAGGGUAAAAGGGGGUAUGUAAGUAGGAGGGAAUGAAAGAUUGGUUUAAGAUUAUGUUCUUUCUUAAUUUGUUUUGUUAUUAAGUGCCUUCAGGACUAGAACAGUGAACAAACAUGAAUACUGAACAGGUUUGAACAAUAUUAGACUACGGAUCAUGCUGUGGAUUCUUACUCCAUGCUUUAUUUUGAAUGCAAGUAUUUCUUAAACAAACAAAAAAAAAUGUUGUGCCAUAUCAAUUGUUUUAACUUGAUCAAAGUCUUGACCUUACUUAAGGGAAAUUUUUUAUACAAGUGCCAGCACAAGAUGAUGGUCUGAACAGAAACAUGAAAAAACAAACAAAAAAAAAACAUGGGACGAAUGAGGGAAUCACUUAAAGCAGUAUUAAUUUAUGUAUUCUGCUUUUACAUGAGGGCUUUUUUCAGUAUUCACUUGUGCUAGAGUCUCACUCUCGAGGGACACGCUACGGAGCAGGCUGCAUAAAAUUUUUAGUUUGUGAAGCAGCUAAAUGCACAUUUUAAGCACAGGUAUUGCACAGUCUUUUUUUUUUUUUUGUCGACCACUUAUACUUGGUUGUUACUACCAUUGAAAGAUUUUUUAACAAGUUUAAACAGUUCUCACAAUCAAAGCACAAAAUCAAAGAAGAUAAAGGAACUUUUGGAAAGACAGUUUUAAAGAGGGAGACCAUCACAAAAGGCAAGGGGGCACUUUAAGAAAUACUUAAAGUGAUACUGAGAUGUGACUUUUGAGUAUGCAUCGCUCACCUUCUGUAGGCCUGAAAGAUGAGUGUGAGAAAGGUUGGAUUUUGAGAUUUACUGAUUUUUAACUGAAAUUUUUGGAGCAUGGUCAUGUCUGUGCCGCUCCUCUGUAUGCUCAGCGGGUUCAGGCGUUUUUCACCACAGUCUGGUUUAGCACUAUAAAACUUUAAAUAAUCACCCAGGGAUUGUUUUGCCUUAUUCACUGAUUUCCUCCAGGCAAGUCGGGCAUUUUGUGUCGGACAGGCCUUUAAUUGCUUUCACAUGAAAUUCAGGCUCAGCAAAAUGAUCAUUAAUACCAAAAUAACUUCUUAAACCUGUGUGACUAUUCCUUUCAUCCAUCCUCAGUACCUGCUUUAUCUCAGUGAUGACUGUGGGUGUUGGAGCCCAUCCUAGCUGAUAGUGGCUCAUAAACGCCUUAAAUAAUCAUUCUUAUGUCCAAAUCAGCGUAACUGAUGUGCACGUGUUUGGAUUGUGGCCAUAUUAGCCUGUUACAUGAGGCUUUGAGAGACUUAUCGUUGAAAGCUCAUAGGUCCUGCUCUUAUUUGUCUAUAUUUAAUGUGUUCUUUAAGUUUUGCCACUCUCGUAUCGAAACAUCAGCAUUGAUCAGAAUUGAGUUUAAUAAAGAAAAGCAUUUCACAGACUAUGCAGCCCCACCGUUAUAGGGACCUGCGUUUAAUUUGUGUGCUGCUUUUAUUUGUAGUUUUAUAGUACAUUUAUUCAGUUUGAGUGUUCUCAAUUGAGAUCUGGUUUCUCGUAGAUAAAAAUCAAGUUUUUAACACUUGCCUUGGCCAAAUUAUCUAGAACAUUUUUAACAAAUUUGAUAAUAAAAAAAAAAAAAAAUCAAAACCACCAGUUUUGUAAUUCUCGGAGAGAAUCCCCCUUUUUCCAUGAUGGAAUAGAAAUCGCAUUUAUAAAAUUUGUGAUGAUUUUUUUUUUAAACUUACAGUACAGUAAAUAAUAGAUAACCUGCAAUAUCUGGGUGGAAGCUUCACUCCCAGGCUUACUGCGAUGGACUGAAAGCCUGUCCGCUUCCUCACCCUCGGCUGGAUAAAGCAGACGAUGGAUGGAUAAAUGGACAUUAGAACCCCACUGAGAAAUAACACGAUCACUGGAGACAUAAACAGGCUCCACCAUGAUGGUGUAGCUCCUUGAUUGUUGUGUUUUUCAGAAAAAAAUCAGGCUCCAAGAAAGAAGUUCUGUCAGGUUAUUGAUACAUAAGCCAUAUUUGGCAGUAGGAUGGAUUAGUAGAAAGUCACCAGGAAGUGACUAGAAGAAUUGCCAAGGCUACAGUCGGCGAGCGUUUGGUACUCAAAUGACUUUUGGUUGAGUUUUGCUUCAAGUGGAGCUGUGAGGGACAAUCAGUGUGUAGUUCUUGGUUAAUGAUGGUUAGAUCCACAGUCAGUGCCACAGAUCAACUAUCGUAUUCAUAGUCCAAACAAAUUUUGUUGCCUUUAUUGCCAAAAGGAAAAAAAAAAAGAAACAUUGGUCAGUCCAUCACUUUUGAGGGUUUUUUUUUUUUUUUUUAAUGGAGAACUUCAGUGUUGUUUGCCUUUUUAGCUUUGUCAUUUUCUAUUAAAGGUUUUGGACAUUUUAACUCUGACCCCAUCACAGCCUCUGGGCUCUACUGUAUCAGUGUAAUCGUGCCACUUUAAAUGAAUGAGCUUUAGGUGCAGUGCAACCUAAAGCAGCCGAUUGUUUUGUGGUGCCUAAAAGUAUGACUGUAGUUUUGGAGUAUUUUGGUUAUGAUUGUAUUAUGUUGGACAGAAUUAUGCAGUUGUUUCGACAGAUUUUUUUUCUCCUUUUCCUGUUCUUUCAUUCAGAUAUUCAACAGUGUGCUGUUGUUACCACACAAUCGCUGGCUCUGUAGUUUGGUUAGCUCUUUACUCACUUCAUCUUUUCUCAUCAAAGCACUUGUUUCUUGUAUUUUGUAUGACCGUGAGUGAGAAGUAUAAAGUUUCACUUCAAUAUCAUGAAAAAAGAUGCUGAAGGAAAUCAGUCAGUUUCACUGCUGUUUAGCUCUUUUUUAUUGAUGCUGCUGUCUCUUCCGAAGAGACAUUACACUCAUGUCACAAUAGUUUCAUGGAGAAAAGAAAACAUUUUUGAAAUCUGAACUCUACUUUUGGAUCCUGCAAACACAUAUCUCUGAGAAUAUAUGACCAGCUGCAGAGACGACGCGAAAGAGGGGAGACCAUCGCUGUUUAUGUAGCUUUCUCCAUCUGUAGCAUAAGAACACAUUUGUUUACCUCUGCCAUUGUGCACUAUGAACAUACCCAUUCAGUGCCUUUUAAAGUGAGAAUAUGUUCAGUGUGUGUUACCGAAAGCAUAAUGUUGAUAAAAGCAGAAUAAAAUCCAAAGACAGUUCACCAGAGGUUUCCAUUAUACAUCCAGAGGCAGAGAAGGUUACACGCAUUUUGCUUUUUUGUCCAAAUGUGUUGCUUUUACAAGAAAUGUUCUAGUAUUGUACUUUGCAGACGUAUUCUCAGCUUGCUCUCUUUUUUUUUUAACUCAACUCCAAGAAACUCAGAACACGCAAAAAUACUAAAACAAAUGAGAAUAUCAGGUAUCAGCUGUAAAGGAAAGUUUGGGUUUUUUUCCAUUGCAGUUUCCAGAUUGUCACUCGGUAAUCCUGUGAUUUUUAACCAUACCACACACUGCAGAGACACAAACGAUCAAUAGCAGGUUUGAGGCGUAACUUUAUGGACACACCACCUCUCCCAGGAGCAUAUGUAUGAACACAUGCAUAAAUCCAAUAAAUAAAUGAACAGUGCUGGCUUUGUGAUCUCUGGAGGAGUAGAGGGAGAUGUGUGUGAACAGUGUUUUCCUGGAUACCUCCAUCUUUUUCCCCCAAAAACUAUUACAUUGUCCUCUUAUUGCAUUUCAGUAUUUUUCUUUCCAUGAUUACAUUAAUAAACCAAAAGCAAGAAUCCUAACAUGCAGGACAUUUACAUCACUAAGUUUCACCCAUAUCAAGGUUUGCUGGAUUUUGUCCUUCUCUGACAGUGUGUUUGAUUGAAAGUGUGUGGCGAUGUGACAAAUGUGUGACUUGUUUUAAGUUAUGGUGAAGAAAAUGUGUCCUUAGAAGGUGGAGCUUCAAUUAGCAGCAAUGUUCAUUGAGGAAACGUUUCAGGCAUUCAGUGGUCACUUUCUGUUGAAUAAAGUGUGAUUGUUCAUUGUGACAAAAACAUAAGGGAAAUAAUCACAUGUUCACUCCUUUAAAUGGUGACAGAUAUGCAUUUUUUUAAUUAAGAUUUCCUCAUAACUUCAACCCUUCUGUGUUUUUAAAUACACUGGGACAAAACUUAAGACAGUGUUUGAUUUAAAAUGCCUUUGUUCAUGAAAGAAAUGUAUUAUGUAUGUUAUGUGCACAUUACCCAUGUAUCAUUUAUCAACACAUGAUCGUAAUCUGUACACAUUUGCACAAAGCACUCAAGUGUUUGUACAUAUGCAGUUAUUUUGUCACAUAUGAUUUUUUUUUUAUACAUGUGCAUGUGUCAGAUUUUGUCAGAAAACAAUGAAAAAGAGACACGUAUUACCAGAUUGAUUUAAUGUGUGUCUUUGUGCGUGCGCUAUAUGAUUUUAUUCCUCUUUUUUUCAGUAUGAGAGAAAUAAAUCUCGAAGCAGAAAACUGUUGAGCAUA